AUGAGCAACAAGCCUCAGGUCGAUGGCAUCACUGGGUACCACGAGUUUCCGCAGCUGGCGGAGGACUACGAGAGAAGAGCGCAGAAGUACCGGGAGGUCGCGAAGCAGCUUCAGAAGCCGAUGGACACUCCCCUGUCCCCGAACCAGCAGGAUGCGCUUCUGCGCCUGUCGCUGGGGAGCAGCUUCGAGCCGGCGGAGCUUGUCACCACCAAGGCUGCUCAAGGCUUGCAGGCCGCUCGCGCUGCUGGUGGCGCGGUUGGCUGCCUCUGA